CUCUUCAUAAACAUCUUAAAAAUGUAAACAAAACUUCGAGCCGUGGAACUCGUCCCCAAUCAGUACUUGAAAACUAAUAAUAUGGUUGUCAUUGACUGUGUUCUGUUUGUUUUGUCAGUAUAAAACGAAAAACAUAAUUAAUAAAUAAUGACUAGGCCUACUUCUGUAUUUGUCUACGUUCCAAAUCUUAUUGGCUAUGCAAGAAUUGUGCUAUUACUUAUAAGCUGUUUAUUUUACACCAGAAAUCCUGGCCUCUUCCUAAUUCUGUAUUCAAUUAAUGUUAUAUUAGAUGGAAUAGAUGGAGCAGUUGCUAGGAAACUGAAUCAAUGCUCAGCUUUUGGUGCUUGGUUUGAUGUUGUUAUUGAUAAUUUUGGUCGAGGGAUGAUAUGGAGUCGCUUGUACCAGUGGGGUUGUUUUAUUGCUAUGUUAGAGUGGCUCGUAUUUGUAUGCACGCAUACUCUUGGAGCUAAGUGGAAGAUGGUUAUCCAUGAGACACCUUGGUUAGUUAGAAAAGUAAUGGAGAAAAAUUUCAAAACACCGAUAGGAACCUUUACCAUUCUUGGGCUGCAUAUCCUGCCUGUUUGGUUGUAUGCCCAUUAUACUGGGCUAUUAACUCUUUUAAGCAUUCCAAAAGGUGUACAAUACGGUGGUAUCGCUGUCCUCAGUGCAGGCAGAGCGCUGUGUUUUGUAGUUGAGUUAUUUUUCAUUUGGUCUCAUGUAUUGUGCCUUGCAGUUGAAGAUGAAGUUGAUAAAGAAAAGGAUACUAAGAAACUUGAUCAAUAAUGUAUAUAAACAUUACAUUUGUGACCAAGAAUUUACGUUACAAGUUUUGAUACUGUAAUGAAUAUACUGAAUUGAUCUUGGAAUAGUUGGCUUUUUUUCAAAUGCUGCAAAACAACUAUAGCUAACUAUAACUUGAUAAACAGUUUAUACAGCAUGUUUCCAGUCUGUAAUUAACAGUAUUUUGUGUACUUGGUGAUGAUUGAUUGUGUCUCUUAAUAUGGAGACAUUACAGUGUCAUAUUUUCCAACUCUCCCAAUUGAAUUUACAAGCAAUCUCCUAGUCUCCAUAAUUUUGUUAAAUUCUCCCAUUUUUUGCCAAUAACAGCCAAUUAGUUGCUUUAUCUAUAAUUGAGUAUUUCAAAUUUUCCUUUUUUGCACUGACUUUAUCAAAGGUGUCAGCAUAUAAAGGCCUCCGAGCGUUACUGACACCUCCAAAAAUCACUUUUAGAAUUCUAUCACUCAAAUUACAUGCAUGACUUGGAUAAUCAACAUUUUGGGGGUGGGGCGCCUUUCACCACCCAUCUCCCGAAAUUAGAUUUCCAGGGGUUUAAACAUUUACAGUAUUCAUAUAUUUUGUACAGAACACUCCCCUAAGAGUUAAGUGUGUGCUCCACCAGAUAUUUGAACCACUGGUGUUGGCUCUAACGAAC